AUGCCUCUGUCUCCUCUUCCAGCAGCCCUCCUGUCUCACAUGAUAAGUGUUAGCAAUGUGCCUCCUCCUCCAAUUCACAAUAUACCAAGUUUGAAACUUUCUAAAUGCAUUGAUUAUGAUCAGUUGAAUGCGUUAUGCCACAUUACAGAACUGCAUGGCAAGAGUUCUUGCAGUGUCUUAGCUACUCACAGAACUUUUUUGAAGCAAUAUCCUAAAAUAUUCCUGCAGAGAAAAGUCAGGCUGCCUAAACUUAUCACACUGGAGACAAAAAGAAGAUCUACUGACUAUAAAGAACAAAGUGAGCCCACACCACCUGAUGACUCUCAUAAUAUAGCUGUUCACAUUAGGAAAAUGCAUGGCUGCUCUUCUUUAUAUGGACCAAAAGGAUUUGAAGACAGACUUGAAGAAUUCAUAAUGAUCUUGAAGAAAUUGCCCAUUCACAGGACUGUGCAUGAACACAACACUGUGUGGAAGAUGCUGCAAACAGUGCCAGAUUUAACCUCUCAGCUAACGGAUGAUCAUCUGAAGGCACUUAGUCAGAGUGUCAUUUCUGAAACCUGGAUAAAAGGCAGCACAG